AUGUGUAUGGCUACGAUAGUUGACAAAAUUAAAGGAAAUAAAUUGUACAAAGAAAAAGCUCUGCCGGCCAUCAAGCGCGGCGUCCUCUGGCAGCAGCGCGAGCGCCUGUGGAGCCGCUGGAAGGAGCGCUACUUCGUGCUGACCAGCGACUACCUGCACUGCUUCAAGCGGCGCGCGGCCGGCGACGGCCUGUCGCAGAUGGGGCACUUCAUCUUCAAGAUCCGGCUGGUGGACCUGGACGCCGUGGAGUGGGUGAACAGGCGCAGCUACAGCGUGGUGGCCCUCAGCACCAGGGACAGGCCGCGCGUGCUGCUCAGGGCCGCCCACGGCCUCGAGGACUGGUUCGAGCUGCUCGAGGAGUGCACCAUGGCGAGCAAGGAGCGGCGGCGAGCGCUGUACGAGAGACACCCCGUGGACUGGAAGCACUCCCUGCAGCGAGAGGGUUCGCAGCUGUCCAUGUCCCCCGGCGUAGAGGUGCUGCUCCGGCGGCGUCUCGAGGAGCACGAGCACCAGGAGCGCGAGCGGGAGCGGGACCAGGAGCGGGAGCGCGAGCGAGAGCGAAGCCGGGAGCAGGAGGAGGACGACUGGCGGCCGCAGCAGCUCCAUCAGCGUAGACAACACAAUCGGUCGGCGGCUGACGGGCUGAGCUGGCGAUCGAGGGACUAUCGCCACACCCAAGUGUAACCCUCCGCGGGCCGUACCUCCACGGUCAACGUGCUACGGGAGGAUCUCGCCAACCUCAUGUCAGAGUGUACUUCGCAGCAGGCGACCACACAACUCAAAUAGAUGGAUCCCUUCCACUGUUCGGCGGGAACUUGAUACAUAACUACUUCUACUAAUAUGCUUUUCGUCAACGUUUCACAGUGGGUGGAUCCUUCACCCGGCGGCAAUUUGAGUCGGUGCAAGUCUGAUGAAACGCUUGGUGGCGAAAGAGACUGUAAUUGUGAUAAUCUCAGCAACAUGACCAAAUGCAUUUCUUGUCAAUGAAAAACGUACUUCUUACAUAGUGUACAUACCUACAUCACGCAUUUGACUUUUCCUUCGUCAAAAUGCAAUCUAUUGUUAUGUGUUGUGUAUAGAUGUAAUUUUGAAAAAAUAUAAUAAACAAUUUAUUUACCUGUGUA